GGUGAGAGGCGGGAGGUCAGAGCGGAACCCGGGAGCGCCUCCUCACCCCGCAGCGGCGAGUUUGGCUAUGGUGACGCUCGCCCGGGCCUGCGGAGACGCCGCGGGCCCGCCCGCACGGGGGCGCCGGAGCACGGCCAUUAGGCCUUCCCUCCGUCCGCCGGAAGCGCUCUCCUGAACCUGCGCGCCGCGGGAAGAUGGCGCUGGAGGCUGGCGAUAUGGAAGAGGGGCAGCUUUCCGACUCGGAUUCCGACAUGACGGUCGUCCCCAGCGACAGGCCGCUGCAAAUGGCGAAAGUACUGGGCGGGGGCAGCGUUGCAUAUGCACCGUCGACAAAUUAUCGGACUGUUAAACAUGUGGAUUCAAGUGAGGAGAGUCAGGAUUCCGAUGACGAUGGCUCUCCUUGGAAACGGAAGCGACAGAAAUGUCUUAAUCCCCCUCCCAAACCCGAGCCCAUCCCGUUUGGCCAGAGCGGUCAGAAAACAGCUCUCAAUGGAGGAAAGAAGGUGAACAACAUCUGGGGUGCUGUGCUACAGGAGCAGAAUCAAGACGCAGUGGCCACUGAACUUGGCAUCUUGGGAAUGGAUGGCACCAUCGACAAAAGCAGGCAGUCUGAGACCUAUAAUUAUUUGCUUGCUAAGAAACUCAGGAGGGAAUCUCAAGAAUAUACAAAAGAAUUAGACAAAGAUCUAGAUGAAUAUAUGCACGGUGACAAAAAAACAGGGUCCAAGGAAGAGGAGAAUGGGCAGGGUCAUCUCAAGCGGAAACGGCCUGUCAAAGAGAGACUUGGUAACAGACUAGAAAUGAACUAUAAAGGCCGCUACGAGAUCACAGAAGAUGAUUCUCAGGAGAAAGUAGCUGAUGAAAUUGCUUUCAGGUUACAGGAACCUAAGAAAGACCUGAUAGCCCGAGUGGUGAGGAUAAUUGGGAACAAAAAGGCCAUUGAACUUCUGAUGGAAACUGCUGAAGUUGAACAAAAUGGUGGACUUUUUAUAAUGAACGGUAGUAGAAGAAGAACACCCGGCGGGGUUUUUCUGAAUCUCCUGAAAAACACUCCCAGCAUCAGUGAAGAACAAAUUAAGGACAUUUUCUACAUUGAAAAUCAAAAGGAAUAUGAAAAUAAAAAAGCUGCUAGAAAAAGAAGAACACAACUAUUGGGGAAAAAAAUGAAACAAGCUAUUAAAAGUCUAAAUUUCCAAGAGGAGGAUGAUACAUCACGAGAAACUUUUGCAAGUGACACUAAUGAGGCCCUGGCCUCCCUUGAUGAAGCCCAGGAAGGACCAGGCGAAACCAAACUGGAUGCUGAGGAAGCCAUUGAGGUUGACCAUCCUCAGGAUUUAGACCUCUUUUAAGCACCUUUUGGACCUUUUGAAGAAUAAACUUUUGUUUAAAAAAAGAAAAAGUUAACAUUUCUACUGAGAUUGCUUUACUGUGCACUGAAUCUGGAGAAGGAAAGCUGUUUUUGUUUCUUCUUUGAAGUAAAAAAAUACAUGUUGGCAGUCAUGCCAUGGACGGCAGUGUUUAAAGAUGUCUGUGCCUGAGGGGUGUAUAGCACGGGUUUAAUUUCUCAUUCUGCAUGUGCUGUUAGCCUAGUUCUAGCUGUGAUCACUGUCCAGCUCACUGUUUCAUGCCAUUAAGAUGCUUUUGUUUUCUGAUUCAUCUUUGUGGUGAACUAUGCUUUGGUUUUAACACAUUCCAUUAAAGUGUCCUGCAAUAUGUAUAAA